CAAAUAAUUUGAGCUAGUAAAAUGGAGCGUCUUCUCAGACUUGGAACAGGGUUUGGAGGUGGAGCAGGAGGUGGGCCCGGAGCAGAUUCUCCUUUAGUGGACACUGCUGAACAGACCUACAUCUCCUCACUCGCUCUGCUCAAGAUGUUGAAACACGGUCGAGCUGGUGUACCCAUGGAGGUCAUGGGUCUCAUGUUGGGUGAGUUUGUGGACGACUACACGGUGCGAGUUGAUGACGUGUUUGCUAUGCCUCAGUCCGGUACAGGAGUCUCGGUUGAAGCUGUCGAUCCUGUCUUUCAGGCUAAGAUGUUAGACAUGCUCAAGCAAACUGGUCGCCCAGAGAUGGUAGUUGGAUGGUACCACUCACAUCCUGGGUUCGGGUGCUGGCUGUCUGGUGUGGAUAUCAACACUCAGCAGAGUUUCGAGGCCCUUACUUCCAGAGCUGUUGCUGUUGUUGUGGAUCCUAUUCAGAGUGUGAAGGGCAAGGUCGUUAUUGACGCCUUCCGACUGAUAAAUCCCAACUUGCUGGUACUCGGACAGGAACCCCGGCAGACUACCUCUAACCUGGGGCAUCUCCAUAAACCAUCCAUCCAAGCUCUGAUACACGGACUGAACAGGCACUACUACAGCAUUGCAAUUAACUGUCGUAAAAACGACCUAGAACAGAAGAUGUUGCUGAACCUCCACAAGAAGUCCUGGAUGGAGGGGCUGAAAUUGGAGGACUUUAAAACUCACGAGACUAACAAUGAAACAACUAUGAAGGACAUGCUGGAGCUCGCUAAGAACUACUCUAAAUCUAUUGAGGAGGAAGACACACUGACCGCCGAGCAGCUGGCUAUAAAGCACGUGGGUAAACGUGAUCCUAAACGCCAUCUUGAAGAACAUGUUGACAUGCUGAUGACCGACAACAUUACCCAGUGUCUGGGCUCCAUGUUGUCUACUGUGACAUUUUGAGGAGCUCCAGCGCCUCGCCAAGUGUUGUACGCCUCCCUGUGCAACGCGUCAUGUCUCCACUAUUAGUGCGGAGACGCGCGAGAGUGGAGACGUGGAGACAGUGUCUCUCUGUGAGGAUCGUCCUGUAGUUACCUCAGGUUGUUCUUCUGUGAUUCCCUGUUCUGUUAGUUGCUGGUCAACUUUAGUUGCCCCGUAUGUCUGGAGGCAGUGUGCGAGGAGGGUUAGUGAAGAGCGGACUUUCAAAGACUGUCAGGGGUAGUCAGUGUUACACCGGACACGUGAUUCUAGCUGACCAAUCAGAAGGUUGUAUACUGGACACGUGUUCUAUAAAAGUUACACUGGCUACCCCUGAUGAUUUGAAUUGUGUUUUGCGUUUUUGCUCAGAUCCGGGAUUGUGGUGAACUCAUCAAAAUUAUAUCUUAAUUGUUAUUUUUGUUAGAAAGGUAAGCAGAGGGUUCCUAUCAGGCGACAUUCACUGAUAUAGAUAAGUAGAGGAGAGACAUUGGAAAUAGAGAAAACUGGUCGUGUUUGGAUUUUGUUAUCAUAUAUUAUCAUGUAUACCUUAUUUGUAAAAUUGUCAUUAUAAUUAUAAUGGAUUAAAUUGACUCAAAA